GUCUAGGUGUUUUUGGAAGAGCUGCAGCCUUUGAAGAAACAUCUCUUAAUGAUGAUAUCAUAGACUCGUUCCUACUGGGGAGAUGAGGCAGAAUGGGGCACAGUAGUUCCAGCAAAAAUCCAGAGAGGACUCUCCUUGGCCAGGCUUUACCCCAUAUCCACUUCUGGAGCCAAGAAAGACAGUUCCUUCUCCAAGGGGAACCCAGGGUGUUGAUACUAGAAGAUGGAAGUGGAUACAGUAAGAUGCUGCCACAGUGAGAUGCCUCACACAGAUCUCCCUCUGUCACUCCAGCCAAGCACAUGGGAUAGAAAGUAGCAGGCGGCCUCUGGCCCUUCAGUGGAAGAGGGCCAUUCAGUCCUCUCCAGUUAACAUCUAGACCAAACACAAAACAUCCUUCUCUCAUCCAGAAGACAUAGGAACCCUUCCUUCAGGGAUGAUUUUUUUUAACAGUGAAAUCUUAGAAGUAACUGUUUCACUAAAGCCUCCAGUGUUUACUGAAGACUGUCAGAAUCAUCCUCCAUCACUAGAUCUUCUCCACCAGUCAUAUUCCCUGAGCAGUGGGGUGGCUUGAAGGUAUAAACCAGAGAGGCCCAAGGGAGGGGUAGUUAGCAGACUUCUGGUCUUUUUCUAGUUUGUGCUCAUCUGUUCCAAGGACCACAGGAUUCUUCUCAUCGCAGUGCUCCAGGCAGCCAACUACCAAUCGAUUGGAGUUAGCCUGUGAGGAGACUGGAGAGGCGUGGCUGGACCAAGACCUCCCCCCAUGUGAGCAGGCUUCCUCCUCCCCUCACAAUCGUUGCCACCACGCCCAGAAACGUCCUUAAGCCCUGGCCCUCAGGGGAAAGGUAACAGGAGGCCAGAGCCGGGACCAUGUGACGGCGCUGGCCCUCGCCACCGCCGUCCCCCCACCCUGGCCCCAGGCCCGGCACCAUGAUGUUCCGAGACCAGGUGGGCAUCCUCGCUGGCUGGUUCAAGGGCUGGAAUGAGUGUGAGCAGACAGUGGCCCUGCUGUCACUUCUGAAACGGGUCACCCGUACCCAGGCCCGCUUCCUGCAGCUCUGCCUGGAGCACUCACUGGCGGACUGCAAUGACAUCCACCUGCUGGAGUCGGAGGCCAACAGUGCUGCCAUCGUCAGCCAGUGGCAGCAGGAGUCCAAAGAGAAGGUGGUGUCCCUCCUGCUGUCCCACCUUCCCCUGCUUCAGCCAGGCAACACAGAGGCCAAGUCGGAGUACAUGAGGCUACUGCAAAAAGUGCUGGCCUACUCAAUCGAGAGCAAUGCCUUCAUCGAGGAGAGCCGCCAGCUGCUUUCCUAUGCCCUCAUCCACCCAGCCACCACACUGGAGGACCGCAACGCACUGGCCCUCUGGCUGAGCCACCUGGAAGAGCGGUUGGCUAGUGGCUUCCGCUCCCGGCCAGAGCCCUCCUACCAUUCACGCCAAGGCUCAGAUGAGUGGGGAAGCCCUGCAGAGCUGGGCCCUGGGGAGGCAGGGCCAGGCUGGCAGGACAAGCCACCCCGGGAAAAUGGACACGUGCCCUUCCACCCGUCCAGCUCAGUGCCGCCAGCCAUCAACAGUAUUGGGAGCAAUGCAAACACAGGUCUCCCCUGCCAAAUCCACCCUAGCCCGCUGAAGCGCUCCAUGUCACUCAUCCCUACAAGCCCCCAGGUCCCUGGUGAGUGGCCGAGUCCAGAGGAGCUUGGGGCCCGGGCUGCUUUUACCACGCCCGAUCACGCACCCCUCUCGCCCCAGAGCAGCGUGGCCUCCUCUGGCAGUGAGCAGACAGAGGAGCAGGGCUCCAGCCGGAACACUUUCCAGGAGGAUGGCAGUGGCAUGAAAGAUGUGCCCUCAUGGCUCAAGAGCCUCCGCUUGCACAAGUAUGCAGCCCUCUUCUCACAGAUGAGCUACGAGGAGAUGAUGACACUGACUGAGCAGCACCUGGAGUCUCAGAAUGUCACCAAAGGUGCCCGCCACAAGAUAGCCCUGAGUAUCCAGAAGCUGCGUGAGAGACAGAGCGUCCUCAAGUCCCUAGAGAAGGAUGUACUGGAAGGCGGGAACCUGAGAAACGCUCUGCAGGAGCUGCAGCAGAUCAUCAUCACUCCCAUCAAGGCCUACAGUGUCCUCCAGGCCACCGUGGCUGCCGCCGCCACCACCCCUACUGCCAAGGAUGGGGCCCCGGGGGAGCCAUCACUGCCAGGUGCUGAGCCUCCCCUAGCCCACCCCGGCACUGACAAGGGCACCGAGGCCAAGGACCCUCCAGCUGCGGAGAACUACCCACCUCCACCAGCUCCCGCUCCCACCGAUGGCAGUGAGCCUGCCCCGGCUCCCGUCGCUGACGGAGACAUCCCCAGCCAGUUUACACGGGUGAUGGGCAAAGUGUGCACCCAGCUGCUGGUGUCCCGACCAGACGAGGAGAACAUCACCAGUUACCUCCAGCUCAUCGAAAAGUGCCUGACUCAUGAGGCUUUCACGGAGACGCAGAAGAAACGGCUGCUAUCUUGGAAACAGCAAGUGCUGAAGCUCCUCCGGACAUUCCCACGCAAAGCCGCACUAGAGAUGCAGAACUACCGGCAGCAGAAAGGCUGGGCGUUCGGCUCCAACUCGCUCCCCAUAGCUGGUUCUGUGGGGAUGGGAGUGGCCCGGCGUACCCAGCGGCAGUUCCCAAUGCCUCCCCGGGCCCUCCCACCCGGCCGGAUGGGCCUCCUGAGCCCCUCGGGCAUUGGAGGUGUCUCCCCUCGACAUGCCCUCACCAGCCCCAGCCUUGGAGGCCAGGGCCGACAGAACCUGUGGUUUGCCAACCCUGGAGGCAGCAACAGCAUGCCCAGUCAGAGCCGCAGCUCUGUGCAGCGCACCCACUCGCUCCCGGUCCACUCGUCACCCCAGGCCAUUCUCAUGUUCCCUCCAGACUGCCCGGUUCCUGGGCCUGACCUGGAGAUCAAUCCCACUCUGGAGUCUCUGUGUCUGAGCAUGACAGAACACGCCUUGGGUGAUGGGACAGACAAAACCUCCACCAUCUGACGGGACCCACAGCCCAGCGCACCCAUAGGCUCCCUGGGCGGCGGGCGGGGGCCAACCCCCAACAGGCUUCUCCGCGACAGCGAGAGGGUGGGCUGGCUCAGCUAUAUAUUCUAAUAUUUUUCUACUCUCUCACCCUUUUAACUUUUGUUUAACAUUGGCACAUGCCUUGCUCACUCCCAGGCCCGUCGAGGGAUCUCUGCUGAGGCCCGGGGAGUUGGGGGCAGCCAGGAUAAAGGGGGCAGGGACUGGCCAGACUGCCUGCCUCUCUCCUUUCCUUCUUCAUCCCCACCUGGUCCCAUCCCACCCCUGCCUCCUCCAGACCGCUGACCACCUGCCUCUCCCCAAGGGAGCAGACUCCCCAGAGACAAACUGACCACUACCUUGUGGAGCCUGCUCAGAAACAUUUGAUAUUUGGGGUGACAUGAGCAGGGCAGAGAACCUGCCCUCCAGAAUGUUACUGAGAGGAGCUGGGGAGAAGGGAGGGGAGCAAGGAGAGGAAGCCCUCUCUCCUCUCCCUCCUUCCCCUUUACCAUUCCCCACAUUCUCCAAGGACAGGAGCCACCUUCUUCUCUCACCUCCUUUGGCCCUGUUCACCAGAGGUUCUCUAUGAUUAAUUUCUUAGGCCUAUUUAAGAUACAUAUUUAUAUAGUUCUUAACGGUUUUUCUCUGAUCAUUUCCUCUCAUUUUUAGAAUCCCCAGGCCUCUCUCUGAGCCAAGACAGUGGCAGGGGGAGCCUGAACUUUAUGAGGGGAGAGGGCAGAGCCCCCUCCUCCAGACCCCCAAACUCUAACCCAUUUUCCUCCAGCCCUGGCUCCCCAGAUGAAGAGGUUGGAGGUGGGCAGCCAGGGUGGCCAGUGAGGUCAGGAAGUCUGUUGCCUUAACGUCCUCUUCCCUAUGAACACACACCCUUCUCCGCUCCCAGGUCUGGUUGGUGAUACUUGGGAGUCAGGAAUAAGGGAAAGGGGAUUGUUUGGUUUUUGGGUUUUUCCCUAAGCCCCUCCCUUUUCUUUUAGCCUUUCCCCUUCCCCCAUUAUGUCAUGACCUCACUUAAGUGGAACACUAUAUCAUAACCCAGAGAUUUGUCCCAGUCCCAGAGUCUGACAGACUGUCUGGUCCCUAUUCCUAAUGAGGGGUUGUGUUGGGGCCCAGGUGGAGGGAGGGGAUUCAGGGGUUCAGACUGCGGGGAAGCCAGGGUCUCCCUCUUCAACGCCCUCCUCCCCCUCAGCCCACCCUCCCCACUGGGACAUUCUCAAGCUUUUCACACCGAAAAGGAAAAAAAAUGUUAUUUUUAGAUACAUUUUAUGAAUAACUUUUGUUAUGAAUAUGGCUGGUAACCAUUGUGUAUGUUAUUAAAGAUACAAAAUGUUGGGAAAAAAACAAAAAACCAAAAAAAAAAAAUUUUAAAACCACCACCCUCCCUGCACUAUCACCCCAUUCCCCAGACCUUCUUGCCCCCACCCUCCUGGUCUGUGGACCUCCCUCUGCUCUGAGCCCAGGGAGGGGGAAGAAGCCAGGGGGUAAGGGUGGCCCUGGGAACCUGGCUCUGGGUCCCCACUUCCUCUCCCAGUGCCGGGCUGGGUGGGGUGUCAGGUUUAUUUAUGUACCUCUUGCACACUCAUCAACCUAUGCAAGUCCCCCACCCCGGCCCUCCAUGUUUCUGUGCCUUUGCUCAUCCCCUCAAUCUCCCAGGGCUUCUCCAGUCCCCCUCCCACUAGCUGCAGGAAGUGGGAUGGACGGGCCACCUCGUUUGGAAUCAGCAGGGUGUCCCUCUCAUGGGACCCUCCCCUCUCCCCAGCCUGUCCUGUCUAGUUCACUCUCCAUCAGGGUGAGCUGACUGUGCCUGGCACUGGGAGAUGGUGAGGGACACCGUCUCACACACACAGGGAGGCAAGAGCUGCCCCCCACCCCACCUGACAGCAGAGUGUGCAGGACGCAGGCGGCCCCACUCUGAUGGGCAGGACCCUGACCCUCUCCCGCUCCAGCCCCCUCCCCAGGCCCUCCAUGAUUUCGCCCUCCCCACCCACUUCUGUCCCCAGCCCCACUGGCAGAAUCAGCUUUGAGUAACUGUACAGUUUUUCUCGCUGUUGGAGAAGACUUAUUUGUUGGAGUUUCACUUGUUUAAUGGUCUGGGCUUAUUUUGGAAAAAAAAAAAAACAAAAAAAU